AUGACUGAAUUUUUGGUCAUCGACGCUCCUUCAGUGUACAAUGUGAUCUUGGGGAGACCCAUAAUUCACAAGAUCCAAGGGGUCAUCUCAACAUAUCAUCAGCUGAUGAUCUACGUUUCAGACGCCGGCUUCCCCGGAAGGAUCCAGGGCAGCCAAAAGGAGGCCCAAAGGUGCAACUACCUCAAGCCAUCCACUACUCGUCCAGAUGACGGCGAUGAGGAUGAGGAGGAGAAAGAAAAAGAAAGAGAGCCGAGUACAAAAAAGCUGAAAGGUUUAAGUGUUUCGGCCCAAGGUUCUGUGCCCAAAGAAAAAGGGCCAGAAAAAGAAAGGGCUAACUCUUCAUCUGAGCCGAAAGACUCUGGGAGCCAGCCGAAGAAGAAAAAGUCUGGGACGCCUGCUGACAUAGACAACAGACCAGAUUGUGAAGAGUCCAGCCCAUCAACAAUGGACCUGGACCAGCAGACUGAAACGGUUGAGUUGACCGAAGGAGACGCUGAGAAACAUGCACCUUACCAAAAAAGAUGGUUAAUAGUCAGUAUCGACUAUUUCAGCAAAUGGAUUGAGGCUGAAGCAGCUUCGAAUAUCACAGAACAAACUGUUAGGAAAUUUAUCUGGCAGAACAUUAUUACCCGCUUCGGAAUUCCGAAGGUCUUUGUCUUCGAUCAUGGGAGGCAAUUUGAUAAUCUACCGCUAAGGCGGUACACAGAUCAAUUCGGCAUUAAAUUGGCAUAUUCAGUAGUGUGUCAUCCACAAAGUAAUGGCCAAGCUGAAGCUGCAAAUAAACAAAUCCUCAACGCUUUGAAGAAAAGGGUUGAAGAUCAAAAUUCCAAGUGGAUAGAGGAGCUCCCAGGAACCCUCUGGUCGCUUCGGACGACUGAAAAAGAGGCAACGGGCUAUUAA